UUGUGGAAUGCAACAUAUGUCGAUCUGGAAGACAUUCUGUGUGUAUGACAGCGAACUCUUGACGACUGGAACCGAGACACAACAAAACACAUAUUCUGCACAUAUCAUUCUUUCAAAUGCGUAAACUGCGAUGGAUAUUCCCCUGAAGGUGGUGGUACGAAUAUCUUCACCGGAAAAACAGAUUCCAUCGGUCGGAGCGAACGAAAAUUCUUUUCCAUCGAACACAUCAAAGGCAACAACAGCGGAGCAUCUCGAGCCAAACAACGAGCAGGACGACACUAGCAAGGUUGGGGACGAUGAAGAGCUGGUCUCGAAUGGACGAACGUUCCGUUUUGCUCGUGUCUAUCAGAGCACGACCGAUCUGCAGUACAUUUACAGCGAGUCUGUCGCGGGAAUCACGGAAUCGGUGCUGGAAGGGUAUGAUUUUUCCGUUGUAUCGUACGGGGAGAGGGAAAGUGGCAAAAGUUAUGCGCUGUACGGGAAUGCCACCUGCGAAGGGGUGGUGCUGUAUUUUAUCAAGGAUCUGUUUUGUUUGCUGAAUUCCCACCCGGAACGGAUAUACUCGAUUGGGGUCGCUUGGACGGAGAUUACGAGCGAGGGAGAUGUUAUCGAUGUGUUGGGGGCCGCUCUAAUGCAGUGUGUCGCUAUCGAGGAGAUCUACAGCUUGCUCAGCCUUGGGUUGCACAACAAGAAUCCGGAGAAUCACAACAUAUUGAGUUUGAUUUUGGAGCAGCAGUGGACGGCGCUUAAUGGGUUGAAUCAGCACAGACAAUCAACGAUAAGUUUUUGUGAUCUCAACGGAACCGAAAGGGACAUGGUGGAUGGUAAAGGUAUACUCCGAGAUUCGGGUUUGCGAAAGCUGGAAGAUAUUGUCUACAAACGCAGCGAGGAUUAUAAUGAAUCUAUUUUGACGGCUUUCUUGAAGGAUUCAUUCGGUGGUAGAGCCCAAACAAUGAUUUUGCUGUGUAUUAAACAUCUCGAUGGGGAGGACAGUCUUAUGAAUUUGGAGUUUGCAGACAAAGCUCAAAAUAUUAUAAAUCAUGUAGUGAUGAACACUUUCUCGGAUAAUAACGUACCGUUUGUGGCGUUGGCGGAAGACAUUCACAGCGGAAUAACUCAAACCAACUGCGAUGGAUUGUAUUUCGCAUCACAGCAAUGGGCUAAAUUGUUGAAAAACGCUGAGAGUCUUUUCAACAAACUUUUCAGCACUUGCGAGCUCACCCAGCAGGAACGAAGUCAAAUUGAGGAAUGGCUCUACCUGAAGGCAGAGUGCGAUGAGUGUUUUAGUUCUACGGAGAUGAGCAUCAAUGCGGGCAAUCAACCGGCCCGGGUGUGUCUUGGACCCAUCGAAGAGAUAGACGAAGGCGAUGAGGCACUUCAAAGCAGUGGAAAAAUUAACACCAGCGAACAGUGCAAUUCGGACAACGAAAGCGAGUCCGACAUUGGAACUCAUCUGACAGAUAUGACUGACCGCAUUCAAGGAUACGUUAAAAAUUUUCAGCUUAAAACCAAUAAUCUGAUCAAUGAAAAGUACAAGGAUUUCUUCCGAGCCCAUCCUAAAAUGAUAGACGAUCUCAACGAGGAUGUUCGCCUGCAGGAGAAAAAGAAGCAAAUGGCACCAGCUCAUAAUCCUGCUCGCAGAAAGUCCAUCUACGAUGGGGACUCGAUUAGUAGCAACGAACUUUCGCUGAUGUCACAGCUGCGCAGUGAUUCGCUUACUUCGCUAACACCGGCACCGACGGCCAGCUGUAAACGGGUGGACACACUCAACAAUAACCUCCGCAUUACGGUGGCAGGAAUCGAAUCGCUUCAUGCCCAAAUCGAGGAAGUUCGCCGCACAAUUUCGCUGAAGCAAAAAUACAUCAGCGAUUUGAUAGAGAACAGUGAAACACGGUACGUUGCCAAGUCGAGAUUCAACAAAAAGAAACGCAAUCUGGAGGAUGAAUAUGAGAAAGCCAAGAAACAGCUUGCCAAAGCUGUUGUGAAUGGGGCAAGCGAAGAGAUUGUCAAUCAUCUUGAGAAUAAGACGUCACAGUUAGAGCAAAGGAUGGAAGCGUUGGAAAAGAUUCGAUACAUCGCUGGGGAAUCUGGCCAGAAGAAGAAAAAACUGCAGCAAUCCAUGAAGGAGUCGCAGAAACAAUUGGAAGUUCUGCAGAAAAUGCUCAAGAAGGAAUUGGACAAGAAAGAGCUGAUUGAUAAAGAAAUCGAGACUGUGAGGAAGGAGAAAAGCUCAAAGAUGUAUGCCAUUCAGGAGAUAAACGAAGGAAGAAGUAAAAUUAAGAAUAUGAACGAAAGAAUUUCCCACAUUGAGCAUGUACUUAAGGAAAAAUCAAGCAACUUGAAAAAAUACGUUAACAAAAAAGGAACGGAAAAAGAUUCCCUGAGACAGGAGAUUAUGAAUCUCCGCAGAACUCGUGAUCAUCUGCUGGAUCAGCGAUGUAUUCUGGAUAAGAAAAUCCGAGAGGAUAAGAUGCCAUCAUACGUUGAGGAGCGAAAGCUUGUGGAGUGCGACGAAGCGAUCGAGGCAAUAGACGCAGCUAUCGAGCUGAAAAACGAACUGAUCUGCGGAAGAAAAAGUAUCGACACAAACGAGAGUUUGCAACGCGAGAAAGGGGAACAAAUGCUGAUGGCACGCCUCAAUAAGCUAUCCUCGGACGAGAUGAGAACCUUGCUGUACAAAUACUUCCAGAAGGUGGUGGAUCUCAAAGAAAGCAGUCGCAAACUGGAGAUGCAAUUUAUCAGUUUGGAGCGUGAAAGAGACGCUUGGGAAUGGCAGGAGAAAAUUCUCACCAACACGAUCCGCCAAACUCGUCUCGAGAAGGAACGAUCCAUCAUCGCGCUGCAGAAACAACAUGAAACCAAGUUGAAUAUCAUGUUGCGACACUUCGCGGCCGAUACAUCGGCCUCAAUCGGUAGCUCCGUUCCGGAAAAUGCUCUACAACCUUACAACCCGAACGGUGAGUUCGUCAUUCCAGCAAGCUCCAGCCGCUAUCACCACCAUCCGCUCGUGCUUGAUUCGGAUAGUGAGCCUGGUCACUCCCACCACGCUCACCCCCACAGCAAACAUUUGGCACAUUUUAAACCUGCCAGCGUUGCAACGGCUGCCGCAGCUACCGUUCAGCCACUUGUGGAGAAAGAUCGCAAGAACAAACUGUUCUCGAAACUUCAAGUACUCACACGCUAUCACGGGGACAAACGCAAGAUUUUCCAGUCCGAUAUACCGCAGCAAAACUUGAAGCAGCUGCAAAUAUCGUCCCGCCCGUCGCUCACUAAGGUUACUCGCGAGAAGAACAAAAUCAUUAUCCAAAGCGACAGCGCAAAGUAAAAUCCCGGCGAGGUUUUACGGACCUGCAAUCCAAUAUUCUAGAAGGCACAUCAAUGUCAAACCCCGGUACCUUGAUAGAAUUUACUCAAGAAAAAGUGUUUCUCAAAUGUAUUGCCGAUAUUGACGUUAAUUAUGUAGUAUUGUGAAUCUCAACUAUUCAAGUAAGAAACCCCUAUAGUCUAGACCUCUACAAACGAUACACACAAUCGUGGCCAAUAUAACUGUUAUCAUAAAUUUAUUGUGUGCUUGACAUAUUGCAUUAAUAGAUGUAUAAUUGUGGUAAAUAUUAAACAU